GCAGCGGGGACAGCCGCGGAGCCGCCGAGGAUGAGCUGGUUCAACGCCUCGCAGCUGUCCAGCUUCGCCAAGCAGGCGCUGUCGCAGGCGCAGAAAUCCAUCGACCGGGUGCUGGACAUCCAGGCCGAGGAGAGCCCCUGGCCCGACGCCGUCAUCCCCGACUACGGUGACGGAACAAAUUCUCUCAUAAGUGGAGGAUGGGACACAUCUUCCUGGGGCUUGAGCUCAAAUACAGAACCCCAGAAUCAGCCAGUAUCACCCACAGCCAUCACAAAGCCUGUGAGGAGGACGGUAGUGGAUGAAUCUGAAAACUUCUUCAGUGCCUUUCUCUCCCCUACAGACGUUCAAAGCAUACAGAAAAACCCAGUGGUGUCUAAACCUCCAGCUAAAUCACAGCGACCCAAAGAGGAGGUGAAAAGCACUUUAAAGGAGUCUCAACACUCCAGUCAGCUGGAAGGGCCAGUGACAACAGAGGCUGAAGUGAAGGAUUCCUCCGUGACUAUCCUGGACUUGAAAAGCCUUGAUAUUCCCAAGGAGAAAUUAGAAGAGAAUGCUGUACUCAAAUCUGAUGCCCAGCAUGAAGCAAGCACAAAUGAAGUUACUGACCAGAAGGUGUCUACUCUAAAUUUUGAAGAACCUGAAGAUUCUCCUACCGAAAAAUCCAGUGUAGGAGGGGAUGGAGCAGCAGGUGCACCUGAGGGCACAUCGCAGCCCCUUGGAGCAGGCACCAAAGACCUGGGUUUGGAAGGGAAGGAGAGAAAGACUGAGGACAGACAAAGCAAUACCCCAUCACCUCCCAUCAGCACCUUCUCCUCAGGCACUUCCACAACGAGUGAUAUUGAAGUUCUGGACCACGAAAGUGUGAUAAGUGAGAGCUCAGUAAGUUCCAGACAAGAAGCUGCAGAUUCAAAAUCCACCCUUCACCUGAUGCAGACAUCGUUCCAGCUCUUAUCCACGUCUGCCUGUGCGGAUUAUAAUCGCUUAGAUGACUUCCAGAAAAUGACUGAGAGCUGUGGCUCCUCGGAUGCUUUUGAAAGAAUUGAUUCAUUCAGUGUGCAGUCCUUGGAUAGCAGGAGUGUCAGUGAAAUAAAUUCAGAUGAUGAGUUAUCAGGCAGGGCUUCUGCUUCAGCGCCUAUUGCUGUCAGUCCUUCCGUGCCAAAGACAGAAACGGUUGACACCCCGAAAAAUAAAUCUGAAAACUUGAAUGAUGCUCCUGUGUUACAUGCUGAGGAAGCUGAGAUGGAAGAGAGUGGGAGAAGUGCAACCCCUGUUAAUUCUGAGCAGCCAGAUGUUGUUUUGGUUGCUGCUGUGCAAACUGUUGAAGAACAGGUUGUGAAGGAGGAGGCUGAGCCCCAGCAGGAUGCUGGGGAACAAUUGGUAGAAGAGGACACUGAGAAGCAAGAGCUUAAAAAGAUGAUUGAUUCAUUAACUGAGAAGCUGGAGAAGAGGGAAAUACAAUUAUUAAGUACUAGUAAAGAAAGGGCUCGCUUGGAAGAAGCUUAUGAUAACCUCAAAGAUGAAAUGUUUCGAAUGAAAGAAGAGAGCAGCAGCCUUUCCUCUCUCAAAGAGGAGUUUGCUCAGCGAAUUGCAGAUGCUGAGAAGAAGCUCCAACUGGCCUGCAAAGAGAGAGAUGCAGCUAAAAAGGAAGUAAAGACUGUUAAAGAAGAAUUGGCUACUAGGCUUAAUACCAAUGAAACUGCUGAAUUACUGAAAGAAAAAGAAGAGCAAAUCAAAGGAUUAAUGGAGGAAGGAGAAAAGCUUUCCAAGCAGCAGCUGCACAAUUCCAACAUUAUUAAGAAAUUAAGAGCCAAAGAGAAAGAGAGAGAAAAUACUAACACGAAACAGAGCAAAAAGAUUAAGGAAUUGGAAGAGGAGUUGCAGCAUUUAAAACAGGUGCUUGAUGGCAAGGAAGACCUUGAGAAGCAGCAUCGAGACAGCAUUAAACAACUGAACAGUGUUGUGGAGAGACAAGAAAAGGACCUUGCUAAACUUCAGGCAGAAGUGGAGGAGCUUGAAGAAAGGAACAGGAGUGUGCAGGCAGCACUCGACAGUGCAUACAAGGAACUUGCAGAUCUUCAUAAAGCUAAUGCUACAAAGGACAGUGAGGCUCAGGAAGCAGCCCUAAGUCGGGAAAUGAAGGCAAAGGAAGAGCUUGGCUUAGCACUGGAAAAGGCCCAGGAGGAGGCUCGGCAGCAACAGGAAGCUUUGGCAAUUCAGGUGGCAGACCUGAGGCUGGCACUGCAACGUGCAGAGCAGCAGGCAGCAAGAAAAGAAGAUUAUUUACGGCAGGAAAUAGGUGAACUACAACAGAGACUCCAAGAAGCAGAGGGCAGGAACCAAGAGCUGAGCCAAAGUGUCACCUCUGCUACACGGCCCCUUCUGCGGCAGAUAGAGAACCUGCAGGCCACGCUGGGAGCACAGACCUCUGCAUGGGAAAAACUGGAAAAGAACCUUUCUGACAGGCUGGGUGAGUCUCAAACUCUUCUAGCAGCAGCUGCUGAGAGAGAACGGGCUGCUACAGAAGAACUUCUUGCUAAUAAAAUUCAGAUGUCUUCAUCUGAAUCUCAAAAUAGUCUUUUAAGGCAAGAAAAUACCCGUCUUCAGGCUCAGCUGGAAGUGGAGAGAAACAAAUUGAAGAAAAUGGAAAAUGAAAACAGCAGGUAUGAGGUUGAACUAGAAGGGCUCAAAGAUGAGUAUGCAAAAACCUUGGAAGAUGCAAAGAAAGAAAAGGCACUGCUGGCUACUCAGUUAGAAAUGGAGAAGAUGAAAGUCGAACAGGAGAGGAAGAAGGCUAUUCUUGUGCAAGAAGCAGCAAAGGAGAAGGACCGAAAAUCAUUUACAGUUGAAACUGUAUCAAGUACUCCAUCAAUGUCCCGCUCCAGUUCCAUGAGUGGGGUGGACAUGGCAGGUCUUCAGACCUCUUUCCUCUCACAGGAUGAUCCUCAUGAUCACUCCUUUGGACCAAUAGCUACCAGUGGGAGCAAUCUCUAUGAUGCAAUAAGGAUGGGAUCAGGUUCAAGUAUCAUUGAAAACCUACAGUCACAGCUAAAACUAAGAGAAGGAGAGAUUUCACAUCUACAGCUGGAAAUUGGAAACCUGGAGAAAACUCGAUCAAUAAUGGCAGAAGAGCUGGUUAAGUUAACAAAUCAAAAUGAUGAACUUGAAGAAAAAGUGAAAGAAAUACCCAAAUUACGCACACAGUUAAAGGAUUUGGAUCAGAGGUACAACACCAUUCUCCAGAUGUAUGGGGAGAAGGCAGAGGAGGCUGAGGAGCUCCGACUGGAUCUGGAAGAUGUGAAAAACAUGUACAAGACUCAGAUAGAUGAACUUUUAAAACAAAGACAAAAUUAAUUCCUCAUGGAACUCUUAACACUAGAUGGUGACAGACUGUAAAGAUAACUGUUUAUGUAAAUGCUGAAUUUAAAUGUCUUGUAAAAAAACCCUGUAUUAUAGAAAAUGUGACUAUAUAAUAGAGUUCAUAUGUUGACAGAAGAAUCAAUGCUUUAAGUGUCCUGUUCUGUCUGCAGUUAAAUUAUUUGUGCAAUAUUUAAUUUUUUUCUUCAGUCAUCCCUUUAUUUAAUUUUUUCUAAAUGGUGGGUCAUUUCACACAAACAGCAGAAAUUAUGGUUGUUGGUUUCUCGUGAGACAGCACUGGAAGACAUGAGUAGUACUAAAGCAGCCCUUGAUUCAUAAUCUUUGUAAACCUAUGAAAAUCACAUUAGAAGUCUUUCUCAAGUGUUCAUAUAAGUUUUUCUAAAAUCUCAUCAGGUAAUUUUUAAUAACUAAGUAGCAGGAAUUUGCUGUCUAAAGCAUAACUGGUGGAUAUUUUUAUGACAGGAAAAUCUUAGAUUUGUGCUUACAACAUCUGAAUGUGUCAGGGUGAUUAUUCUUAGACAAAUCAGAUUAGUCUGACGACACUAAGUCCUCUAAAGCAGAGUGUGAGACUCAGAUGAGACUUCAAAUUACAGCUUCAUUUUGUGUAUUGCUUGUGUUCUCAUGAGCAAUCUGGAGACAGCAGCUCUGCUUGUAAUGAUAACUGUGUUCAAUUUUUAACACCAGAAAUAUGAUACUAAAUAUCUGUUCUAGAUUUAGUAGCUGAUUUUUAACAGUAGAUAGAACAGUUCAGAAGAAUGCAGGAAACUGACUUUUUAAAAAUAAAUGGCUGCAGAUCUCAUGGUUCCUUUUAUAAAAGUAGCAAGGGUUAGACUUCUUGUAAAAUUGAACUGUGGCUUAAUAAUAGUUUUUGAGCACGUCUCCAGUGGCUGCAGAGUAUUUCUCAUGGCGUUCCUUAAGCAAGGUAUUGGUCAAACAGCACUCACAUGACUUGGAGUUGAGCUGCAUUUUUGGUAAUGUCAGAGGAAAUGUUUGAAUGGGACCCUUGGGAAUGCUGAGAAGAAGCUUUCGUCUUCCUCUCUGCAUUCCAGAGAGCAAAUGUUUUGCUGCAUCUCAGAACCUACUCGUGUGAAAUACUGGGCAGUUGAAAUUCUUUGCUUAUCACACCAGUGCCUCUGUUGGGAGGGAAUUUAUUUUUUUCCCCAGACCAGUACACAUUGUAAUUUGGGAAUUCUUUUCCUGCUUGGGUAUUUGGUGGCCUGACAGACAAAGGAUGUGAAGGAUGAGGAGUUGCUUCUGGAGAAAUGCCUCUUGGUAAUAUGAUUUUACUAUGGGUGUUAAGGAUUUAUUCCUCACUGGGAGAACAGUUAGUCACUGAAAUUACACAGGCAAGGGAAUGUUCAUGGAAAAUCCUAGUCUGAUUUGAGAUUCAGACAGUUACUCUGUGAGGAUUUCAUUAAAGUCAUAGAGCCAGAACACUUAACUUUGUUGUAACUCCCCAUCUGUCAUAGAAAAUUCUAACUGCUUUAAUAAAAACACUUCUUUCUCUUC